AUGAUUGCAGUUAUUAUACUACUCCUGUUUGUUACACUCUUAACGAAGCACAGUAAUACGUAUAAAUUCAGUCGCAAAAAUAUCCCCUUAAAUUAUAUGUAUGGAACUCGAGGUAUAAUAACAUGUAAGCCCUCCAAACAUUUUUCGUCUAAGUUUGUAAACAAUUUAGUUAAUUAUGAGAAAUUGUCAUAUCUUUCUACAGGCGGAAACAUAUUAAGCAACAUGGGUCAGACAAAUGGUGGUGGUAAAAAGAGAUAUUUUAAAUCGUCAAAUAAAAACAAACUCUUUUAUAACAUUACUUUGAGAACAAAUGAUGGGGAAAAGAAAAUUCAGUGCGAUGAAGAUGAGUAUAUAUUAGAUGCCAGUGAAAGACAGAACGUUGAAUUACCAUACAGCUGUAGAGGGGGAAGUUGUUCUACCUGUGCUGCAAAAUUAGUACAAGGGGAAGUUGACAAUGAUGAUCAAAGUUACCUAGAUGAAAAUCAGCUGAAACAAAAAUAUAUUCUGUUAUGCACUUGUUAUCCCAAAUCAGACUGCGUUAUCGAAACACACAAGGAAGAUGAAUUGCAUGACAUAUAA